UCGCAGAGGAGACGGAAACGGCGACUGCGUGAUUCCAUGGAGGGGGGACGUGAUUCGCAAGGGAAGGGGAGUGAGCAGGGGACGAGAGGCGGGAGGGGAAGGAGCGGCGAGAUAGAGGCGGGGGAGGAGGGCAAAAGAGGGGUAGGGGUGGUGGUGGAGAUCCUUUAGGAGUGGACGGAUGGGACGAGAGCUUCGUGAGCUGUUGGAUAUGAAAGAGGUGGUCCUCAUCCUCACUGCCUACUGGGGGAAUGUGUAUGUUUAUGAGGGGCACGAAACACCGCUCGUAUGUGAUGCGUCUUCUGCGUCUGCUUCUGGUUGGUAAAUCGGGCUGCACACGCGAAUCCUCCAAAUUACGGCAGCUGCAUGUAUGAUGCAUGUAUGAUUACAACUGGGCACGCGCCUGAUCGCGUGUACGGGUUGUGAGAGGGUAUCAGAAGUGCGUGGAUAGCCUGUUACAGCGUGGAGAGUUUAUGUCUUGACGAUGCCGGAACAAGAAUCCAAGAGCGCUUACAAGCUCGUAUGUACGUACACCCCUGCGGCGUAGGCGCUAGGCUUACCACACAUGACACCUCAUGACAAUUGCAAAAUUUGUAAACCCAUUUACUACGAACGCAGCGGGUUGUACCGACCGAAAUUGCCCAUUUUGCAGCCAUCAAAUCAAACCGCAAAGAUUUGCAAGAUGCGUCGAGUAAAAUGAGAUUGCAAAGCGAGGUGCAGCGAGCGCAGCACCUGUUCUGUGUAAGUGCUCAGCAGAGGCAUCUUUUGCUCGGAGAGCUGUCUCGGAAGAAACCGCGCGCUCGCGGUGACGGCGAGCUACCCGAGGGCGGAACCAAGGGCAUUUUUCGAAACAUUUGCAUCUCCAAAGCCUGCUCGCUUCUUGUCUACUUAUACAAAGACAUGGUCAUCCUUUUGGCAUUCCUGUUACAAGUCAUAUCCGUGUUUCAUCGCGCGCAAGCAAAUGCGGUCAUCGGUCAGCAAGAGCAACAGCAGCACGACCGCCGCAAGUCGAGCGCAGCAUCAGCACUCCUCAGAAGAGCAGUGGAAGUUCUGCCUCAGCGACAAGUUGCCUUGGUGCCUGAUGGCCCACUGCAGGGCAUCACCUCCUUGCCUUACUCAAUUGCCUCCAGAAUAGAGCCGUUGCCCCAGCUCCCUAGGGCCCCAGCCGGCGAUCAUUCCAACCACGAAGCCGUACUGGAAGCCCUGCUGUGCCAGCAUUUCGACAUAGUCUUCCGAAUUGCAACCUGCAAAGAGAGCGGUAACCACCACAGCAAAGGUGGGCGCAAGAGUAACGUCAGCAGCAGCAAUAGCAGCAGCCACAAAGCAGCGCCGGCGACGGCGGAGGCGACCCAUGGGUCAUCGGAUUCGUCCCACCCGUACAGGUCCACAGCAGGGGGGAAGGGCCAUAGUAGGCCUCGCCGCCGUGUUGCGGUACCGCCAGCAUCUGUGAUGCAGCCGCCGCAGCCGCCGCCACAGCCGCCGCCGCCGCCGUCAGUUUCCGUCCGCGGCAGUAGCGGCCGGCGCGGGGCGGCCAGCAUGUCGCACCAUUUUGGGUCGACGGCACUUUGCCUCUGGAGCUACCGACUGGUGACGUCAGCGGCAAAUACGACACAUCAUGACGAAGGCACUGAAGGCGAUGAUCGCAGCGGUGGCGGAGGCGGCGCGGGCAGCCGGCGGCGGAUUUUAGGACAGCUGUUGGGGGUCUUGGGGCCUGAUGGCUUGGUUUCGGGGACAGGCGGCCUGGCAGCAACCCAUCAAGUAGUGCAGCGGCAGCAGCAGCAGCAGCAGCAGCGAGAGCGGGAGGAGAUGCAGCCGGAGCUCGAGGCAAAGCAAACGCAGCUUCAAGGUGCCUUAGACGGUUGGAACGGUUGGCGGCGGCGGAAGCUGCAACACCUUCUGAGGACCAACCGGUCGGAGGCAGCGGAGGCAGCGGAGAUGGAGAAAGGGAGCAAUCGCGGCAGCGGCGAUGGCAAUGCGGGAACUGUCGUGCUGACGGAGGAAGAUCUGUCGCCGUACAACUCCGUGUGGCCCAUGGAGGCGCUGGCGUAUAGGGCCCACCUGACGGCCCUGCGUCUGUGCAGCGAGCUGCUACUGCCGCCGCCGCCGCCAGUGCAGCAGCAGCAGCAUGCGCACGAUCUGGCAGUAGCGCGAGAGAUGGCUGCCGCAGAGACCGAACCUAGACUGCUACUACCGCCGCCAGCCGCCCGAGGAGGGAGCGCGGGGGCUUGUGCCGUCAUCACAGACCAUGUGGGGUGGGUGGCGGCGGCGGAUAUCGGUGCCCUGGAGAGAGCCCUGCGGCGGGAGGGCGUCAGCAGCGCCGCCGCUGUGGUGGCGGCAGCGGCGGCGACCUCAGCGUCGCCGCCGCCAAUGAAAUCGGGUCCCAGCCGCCCGCAAAGACCUAUCUUCGCAGGGCGCGAUAUGGUCGAAAUAAAUGCCACCCUAUCAGCCCUGGUCGACUCGUUUGACGGGCGCAGCGGUACAUUAACGGCAACGAGCAUCGUCAGUGCUUCCGUCGAUGUGACAGCGGCGGCGGCGGAGACGGAGACGGCGGUACCCAUGCGCCGGGAAUCCCUUCUAGGUGUCGUACCCUGGGGAAAUAAGUAUCUUAAUGCUGUUAAAAGCAGCGUUGACGGCGGCGGCGGCGGCGGCGAUGCCAUGGCGUGUACUGGCGUGUACGUCAGCCGGGAGGAGUGGCUGUCGGACCUAGCUGACGGCCUGACGGAGCUGCGCCGUCGACGUGUCCCGACGGCGGCAAAGACGGCAGGAGAUGUAGACAGCGAAGCCAAGGAUACUACAGACGCUGUCGUACUGUCAGUUCGUGACGACGAUGCUAGCGACGGCGACGGCGGCGGUAGCGGCGGCCCCGGCGGCGGUGUCUUAGGUAUCGGCUGGGAUGUUUUGGCUCUGCCGUCGGCUUGCGCGGGCUGGACGGUUUCUGGCCACGUCGACGCCAACGCCAAUGCUGACGCCGGCGCAGACGCCAGUUCCUGUGCCGACACCGUCGCCGCCGUCGAUGGUAAUCUUCAUAAUGGCGGUGGCGACGGCGGCGGCACCCAUCACAAUGACAAUCAAAACGGCAUGAGUAAUAUUGGAACCAGCAGCCGCAGCAGCAGUGUAAGCACAGGCCGAUCCGAGAUUCCCCGGCGGCGACGGCGGGGGAGGCUGGUGCCGCCCCCGCGGCCGUCAAGCGGCGUGGCGGGCUGCAUCCUAGCCUUCUCCGCGGAAGCCGCCGCGGCGCUUGGGCUCCUGGCUGCUCGUACAUAUCCGUACAAUGCAACUGAUGCUGUCGUGGAUAUCACCAGCCAUGGUGCAAACCUCGGCGUCGCCGCCCCCUCGUUGCCCAUUGUGCCUGGAGACCUCAGCGGAACUCCGGCCUCUGGUGCUUCAAAUUGUACGGCAGUGGCGUCAGCGGCGGCUUCGGGCCCCGUCACCGCUGCCUCUGCCGUUGCCGCCAGCCAGCCGGGCAACGCCAGCUGUAUUUCACCGCAGCCGCCGCCGCGGCAUUCGUACACUCUGCUGCCUGUCAUCAACACCCCUCUAUUUGCAAAGCUCAGUCUUCUGGCUCGACAAGGAGUGCUGAGCCUCGCGAUAUCCAGUCCGCCACCGCCGCGUUCGCCUGCAACACCUCAACGGCCGGAAGCUGACGGUUCGGAUACUGCUAGUGCUACUGCAGCGGCGGCGCCGCCGCCGCCGCCGCGACAGCGGCGGCGAUUCUUGCUGUACACAUGUGCUGGCGACCAGGGCAUAUGGCGAAUGUGGGCCAACCCCAAUCGCAACUAUGACCUACUGGUCGCGUACUACGGAGUUCUGGACCUUGACGACCCACGGGUCCGUGGCGGCCCCACUGGAGGCGUUGGCGUCACUGACACACGGGUCGGUACCAGAUGUACUGAUAGCACCGGCUCGAAGGUCUGCGGAGGAAUCCCUGGCGCCAGCUCCAGACUUGCUACAGACCCGUGGGUCGCUGGCGCCUCCGGCGGCCGCCCCGACUAUGUGUAUCGUGCUCAUGGUUCCAAGCAUCAAAACCUGUACAAGCUCCACUCACUCCAUCCGGGGCUGCUCGCCAGCUACGAUGCCGUGGCGGUCUGGGAUGACGAUCUGGAGGCAACGGCGGCACAUGUCAGCGGCAUGUUUGAGCGCUUUUCAGAGCUGUCGGGCCCUCCCGGCCACACGGAUGGGAUCUGGCUCGCCCAACCCAGUUUGCGGUACGGCAGCAAGGUUGAUCACGCGCUGCUGGUAAAUCAGCCCAUGCUACGGCUGUCGUACACAUCGUUCGUGGAGAACAACGCGUGUGUGUUCAGAUCAGAUAAGCUCCGGGAAGUUCUGGAAAGUCCAUUGUACAGCGGCGAGUUGAUGGGGUGGGGAGUCGAUUAUGCCUACUUGGCGGUGCUCGGCCCGCGGCUUCGGAAUCGCUUUGCCGUACUGCAUGACUUUGAGGUGUUGAAUCCGCCGUCAGAAGCGAAGGCAGAGGGACGCGAGAUACUCAAGCUCGCUAGCCAGGAAGACAGAAUACGGCAGUGGGAGUCGUACAAAGCCAAGUUCGGGAUCGAGGUGGAGCCGGAGGUGGUGUAUGAGUGCAUUCCAGCGCUACCCGACCUGCCGCCAUGGCAAUACCCCACGUAUUGCCCAGAGUACCAGCCGCAGCCGCCACUGCCUGUGCGUCCUGGCGUCAACCGUCAGGCAUCGAAGCAAGUUUCCAUAACAGUUCAAAGGUCUGGAGUAAGAAUUGGUGAUGGCCGUAGCGGUAGAUGA